AUGAAUGCCGAAAGCUCUAGCGACUUUCUUCUUUUUAACGAUAACGUUUCCAUCGUGACCAUGGAAGACAAUAUUCCAAUCUCACCAUCUCAAAGCUCUCGAUCACGUCAAAAUCGACAAAAAAUCGGUCAUGAUUGUCCAUUAUCCAAAAAUUCCACCACGUUUCAGCCUGUAAAUUGGGCAUCGGAUGAAGGUGUUCGAUUCGAUGGAAACCGAUUGCAUCGUACUGUUAGUGAUAAUGUCAUCAGUCGUUGCAAAAAUAACUUUGAAUUUGUAUCGACGGAUUCUCGAAAUCGUCGAGGUUUUCGAAAUUCAAAAGAGUCGAUCCCAAAUUUUGAGAACGAGAUGAAUGAGAUAUCUUCAACUUCAAGUAAAGUGACGACACCAAUGCCGACUUUGCUGCAUGGAAAAAAUAUUCUUCAGAUUAUGGCAAUUGGAUCAAUUGAUUCAAUUGCGAGGGAUUCGAAUUCAGUCGAUUGGUCGGAUAGUCUCGGGGUGGUAAAUGAAGUCGAAGAUAUGUCAUUGCUGGAUCCACAUUUUGACCUCACAUCUGCAAGGAUGAUGAAGUUAUUCUCACUGUUUAACCCCGGAGACAAUGGGAUGGUGUCGUACGAAGGAUUUCGGUGUGGUUUGGAGGCGAUGGGUAUUGCAUGUGAUGAUGACGAGCAAUUUGAAGCGUUUAUUGACAAGGUGGAUGAUGAUAAAAGUGGAGGCGUUACGUACGAGGAGUUUUUGUUUGCUAUCCAGGAGAUUAAGCUUGCACAGCUAUUCAAUGAAGAUUUUUUGCGGAACAUGCCGCCAGAGUACACAUACGUGAAACGCGAGAGAGUGAAUGAGGCAGUCCUUGGAUCGAUAGAAUAUUCUCCCGACCGCAUUCGCAGCGUGUAUCCGAUCGACCACGUUCAGAGAUUCAUCUACUCGACCAAGCCAAGUUGGGCGUCAGUGAGAUGGAUCAAUAUUGAAGGGAUUGCACCUCUUAUGAUACGACGCUUGUCGGUACGCUAUCGACUCCAUCCACUGGCUGUUGAAGAUACGCUUGAUGCCGAUGUUGAGCGUCCAAAAUACGACGAGUAUGACGAACACUCGUUCUUGAUUCUCCAGACUAUCCACGCGCGUGACUUGUUCAUGGUAAAAAACUACCAGAGCAUGUAUCGUGCCUCACUAUAUGUCCACGACGACGACGAGUCGCCAUUUGAGCGGAUGACGAAAAGGGAACUGGAGGAACGAUUGGAUCAUCUCAAUCUCGGUUGUGUGAUGACGGCACCCCAGCAGCUCAGUUUGUACAUUAUGGAAGAUGUCUUGAUCAGUGUCCAGGAGAGUUCAAAUACACUCUGGCCGAUGCUGAAGCAGAGGCUGGAUAGGUCAUACUCGAAGGUGCGUCAGCACGGUACUGCUUUCCUUGUCUAUACGAUUGUGGAUGUUUGUGUGGACGAGUUGGCGCCCAUUACGCAUACGUUCGGGUCAAAACUGAUCAUGCUCGAGCAGCUGCUACGGAUUGACCCACGCCACUUUGACUUAAGCCGACUCGUUCGUUGUGCUACGCAGAUCAAAGGACUCCAAGUCCUGUGUAGACCGAUGAGUGAGGUCAUUGUACAGCUUUCGGAAUCCGACGAGUUUGAAGGCGAAACAUUGCGGUAUUUCCGUGAUGUGAUGGAUCACAUAACUACUAUCGAGGAGGACUGCGAACGGCAUUUAGACCGUUGUCGUAGCCUCAUCGAAGAUUUUCACAACGCACGAGCUGCGCGACAGAAUGACGUAAGCUACAUUUUGGCUUUGGUGGCAGCUAUCUUCUUACCAGCACAGUUUUUGACUGGACUCUACGGCAUGAAUUUUACCAAUAUGCCCGAGCUUCGAUACCACAAUGGCUACUAUGUGUGGUGGGCUGUCAUACUCUUGAUCGCCCUUGUAACGCUUUUGUUUUUCAAGUUUUACAAAAAGUGGCUGUAA